CCAUCAUUAUCAUCGUUAUCAUUAUAUUAUUAUUUCUGUAUUAUAUACUAUUAUUAUAAUAAUAUCGUUGCCGUAGUUAUUACUGUUAUUAUAUCAUAUUUCCUCAUCUCUCUCUGUAUUCGUUGUUGAAACGACACGCAUCAUCGUUAUGGUCGACUAAUUUGAGACAUAAUAUAUAUAUAUAUAUACAUAUAUAUAUAUAUAUGUCUGUAAAAAAAAGAAAAGGAAAAGAAAAGAAAAAAAAAAAUAAACGACGAGUAUAAAUUUAGCGAACAAGUAAAAAGAAGAAGAAAAGAAAAAAUAAAUUUAACGAGAUAAGUCGUAUAUAUAUAUAUACAUAUAUGGAUUUCAACAAAGAAAAGAAAAAUAAAAAAAAAAAAAAAACGUACAACUAUUGUGUGUACAUAUGUAUGUCGCGUGUGUACGCGCGUAUGCACGCGUUUGUGCGUACGUGUCUUCACCACGUAUUUUACUUCGAAAUAAGUAACUUUGAAAACGGUGGCACGUACAGAGUAUAUAGACACAAUUCGUAUACAUGCAUAUAUGUGUAUACAUAUAUACAUAUAUGUAUGGUAUAUGAGGAAAGGCGGUUUUCCACAUGUUGGUCACAUUCAUACAUAUAAUAUACACACACACAUAUACAUAAUACACGUACACGGAUACAAACGCUGAGUUUUAAUCUCAUUUUUUGGACUCGAGUAUUCUUUUCGUAAAAUGGGAAAUUUUAUUUUUAACGUUAAUCAAUGAAUUAUAAUAUAACCGGUGAUAAGGAUAUUCGAGGCUAAAAAUAUUAAGGGAGAGGGGAGGGGGGAGGGGGUGACGAGGUUCGCGAGGCUUUGCAAAGGAAAGGUCUCUUUGGUCGACGACCUUAUAUAUAAAUAUAUAAUAUGUUCGUUGUUAAAUGAAACGUGUGAGCGAAGAGCGAGUAAAUAUACUUACCGACCUACCGCUCAACCGGUAUAUCUUUAUUGAUCUUAAAGAGAAUCAAUUAUGGUGAUAUAUAUACGCGCGUUUAAGCUUUUAAGAUCUGUUUAAAACGAGGAAAAGGAAAAGAGAACAGAAAAGAAACGUUAAUGAAAAGAAAGAAAACGUCCGUGUGGAAUACCGUCGUAACAUCGAUGAUAUAUAUAUAUAUGAUAUAUAUAUAUUAUAUUAUAUUAUAUUAUAUUAUAUUAUAUUAUAUUAUAUAUAUAUAUAAAUAUAUAUCACAAAAAUUAACGAUAUUCGACGUAUAAACGCAAUGUUAAAUGAGUACUAAAUAAUAAGUUAACACGAUAUCGAGUGAUUAAUACUUGUAAAUUAGAAAACAGAAAGUAUAUCUAUAUCUACAUGUAUAUCUACAUAUAUACGUAUGUGCGUGCGUGAACGUAUGUGCGCCCGUGGGUGUGUGUAUAUAUAUGGUAUAUAUUAUACAUAUAUAUAUAUAUACAAUAUAUACAGGAUGAGAGUAAAUGGUUGUUCAUAAAUAUAAGGAUAUAUAUAUAUACAUAUAUAUAAGUGCACGUGGUGCACAUCGUGUACGCUUACACUUUUCCUUUACUUUCUCGUUCUCCCUCGAAUGAACGAAGAGAAUACAUUCCGAUUCCGAUUCUGAGACAGAAACGCGAUAGAAUUUUGAAAAAAAAAAAGAAGACGAAUAAUGUAUCCAUAAAUUUUUGAACAUCACUUGGAAUCAUCCUAUAUAUAAAAAUUAUUAUGUAUACAUAUAUUAUUUAUAUGAAUGGCACGCAUAUACGGAUGCAUAGGAAGAGAGAAAAAAAAAAAGUUAUAUUAUUUAUUUUCUUCGAAACGAACACUUCAUCGAGGAAUUACGCGUUGAACGAUGUAAAUCGAUUGUGUCGAACAAGAGGAUUUUAUGUUACUCUAUCUAAGUUUGAUCACUUGUUUCAUCGUCGAAACGAACAAUGAAGCGUAAAUUUCGAUAUUAUUUCUUUUCGUUCUCACUAUUUACAUUCUAUUCCUUCUCGCUAUUUUUUUUCUUUUUCUUUCCUUUCUUUUUCUUCGUAAACGUUAUCUAUAAUCGUUCGAAUAUCCUUCCAACGUGGAAAGGAGAAAAUAAGAAGCACAAAACGCAAAAGUGUAGAGACAAUUUAUUCCGGACGAGUUUAUCCUAUAGAGUGAAUAUACAUCGUUUAUUUUUAUCGUCGAAACGGGUCGCAUUUUUUACCGAACGUCUUCCAACGUAUAUUUCUUCAUAUAAACACUACACCUUCCACGUUCGACAUUACCGAUUUAGAAUUCCGGGAAAUUUUUCUUUUUUUUCUUUUUUGUCGAUUUAUCCAACAAAAUAUGUAUGUAUAUAUUUCACCCGAACGAAUAUGUAUAAUAGAAGGAACACGGCCGAGUGUAUCGAGAGAUUUUAUUAUAUUAUCGCUUUUCGCGACAUUCAUUUUUUAAACAAUGAAAGAAUGAGAAAAAAGCGCAUUAAUCCCUAUUAUCUAAUUAAUUUUGAUCGAUUCGGUCACGAUCCCAUUCGAUGACGACCGGGAAAGAUUAAACUUUCAGAUUGAACUCGCCUCUAUUGCAAAGUCAUCUUCGCACAUGUUUGUAUUUAUCUUAUCUUUGCAAAAAAAAAAAAAAAAAAAAGAAAAGGAAUCCAUUAAUAUUUUUAUCUAAACACCUGCGUGUGUAGUUUCGUAAUUAGAACGUUAAUUGUUAAAACGUCGCAACGGGAUUAUUUUAACAUUUAUUUUACAUUCGUAAAUAUAAAAAUAGAUACUGAUUUCAAAUUCGUUUAUAUCGUUCAUUUAUUCUUCUAUUUAAAAAAAAAAAAAAGAACGAGAGAUCAAACGAGAUAAGAAAGAAAAGGAGAGGAGAGAGACAGGUCGAAACCGCAAAUCGAUCGAUAUACACAUAUACAUAUAUAUAUAUAUAUAUAUAUAUAUAUAUAUUUCUUUUUCCAUCACCAAAAAAGAGAAAAAAAGUUAGACGACACAGGUGCGGUAAUAAAAUUCUAAAACGCUCAAUGCUCAAUUAUCAUCGCGUGUGCUCUUUUUCUCAUUCGACAUCCAUAUACACAUAUAUACGUGCGCACAUUAAACAACAUAUGCACACACUUACAUUAGCAAUCGCAUAAUCGCACACGUGCGCAUAUACACACAAUACGUACGUAAUGUUAUCGAUUAAUAUAUUUCACGACAGAGAGAAGAGAAAUAACAAAAUACCUAUUUAUCGAUUACUACUAGAUGUCAUGCGUGCGGAUUUAAAAAAAAAAGAAAAAAAAAAAAAGAAAAAAAAAAAAAAGAAAAAAAAAAGAAAAAAAAUCUACAGAAGAUUUUCCGUUGCUCGAGUUAUUGCAUUGUCUACUACUACUACUACUAAUACUAAUACUAAUACUACUGAUACUAAUACCAACACACGUACACACGCACACACACACACACACACAUACACAGACACGGAAAAACAAGAACACAGACACAAAUUUUAUUGUAUAAAUUUUUUUGCCGAGAUGCGUCUCCGAACAAAAAGUUUGGCAUUUCCCUUUUUUCUCGAUCCGCAGCGUGACAGAUCCUACAUUCAUUCUACACGCUCCACGCUAUAGAUAAGAUUCUCUUUCCCCUGAUAAUGAAAAUCGCGAGAUGAAAAUGUAAUCGGCUCGAUCCUUACUUACUUACUUACUUUAAGAGAAUUUUCCACCAUUUUUUCUCGAGAGUCGAGAUCGAAAUCCAAUAUCGAUUACGAGCGAAACGUUUUAUCUCGAUGAUCGAAUGAUGACUUGACGAUAAAAAAAGAAAAGAAAAGAAAAGAAAGAGAAUUGUAAACGUUUCGUAUUAAAUUUUGACAAUCAACGGCGAAGCUUUGAAGAUUAGCUUGCUUUUUCUUUUUUCGUUUCAAAUCAAAGAAGAAGAGGAGGAAAAAGAAGAAGAAGAAGAGAGAAAGAAAAGGGAAGGAGAGAAAGAAUUAGGGCGAGGGAUAAAGCGUUAAUAAUUAUCGUUAAUCACGUUGAUUAAGCGUUUUAAUAAACAACGAUAAGUAUCGUUAUUAUUUGAUUAAGGAUAAAUUGAAAAAAAAAAAAAAUGGAGAGAAUCGGCGCAUUUUUGCGGAGGAGAAGGUGGAGAGUAAUAGAAUAGAGAGAAUCUUGGGCCCGAGGAAGGAUAUAGGUUUCGAGAAAACGCGCAAAGUUCCUGAACAUUAAGAUAAAAUGAAUGCGGCCGGAAUGAGAAACACGCGGAUGAAACGAGAAAAAUGGCGAAUAAUGGACGAAACGUAGGUGGAGACGUAUCUUGGUAAAACAUAGUUGGCCUAGUAACGAGUUUCAUAUUUUUCGCCCCGAAAUCGCAGUGAAUCGUCGAAUAAUUAUCAUCUAUUAUACAAUAUUAUUGACAUUAUCCACAAAUUUUAUUGAAAUAAAAAACUUUAUCGAUACCGUUGAACAUAAUGUACUUGAAUUAUGACGACGACAACUUCGAUACUGUUAUAUUGGAAAGGGGGUGAUGGGUGGGAAUGAAGAGAAAAGUGAGAAGGAUAAGAAGAGAGAGUGAGUGAGAACGAGCGAAAGCGAGCGAGAGAGAGAGAGAGAGAAGUGUACGUAUACGUGCGCGUGAAAGAGAUGAGCAAGGGAGAAGAGAAAGAGAGAAAGGGAGAGAAAGAGAUAGAGAGUAUGGCGAGCGCAUGCGUGCAGAGAGGAAGACAGAGAUGGCGGAAAAGUAUACACACGGACACAAACCGUUCGAAUGGAUGCGAAUCCGAACAUUUUAAACGAUAGAAUUAUUAUUGUAUAAUAUAUAAGCGGGAGUAAGAGAGAGAGAGAAAAAAAAGAGAAAAAAGAAAAAAAAAUGCGAAUACGAAAAAAAAAAGAGCAAAUUGGAACAGAGUGGGCUGUUCGUGGCAAAAGACGAAACAAGGGAUAGGAUAACGAUUACAGUAAACUAUAUGUAACUAUGAAGUCUUUCCAUCUUCUUUUUUUUCCUUUCAUUGUGUCACGUAAAAUACGUCUUUACACGCGACUCUUUUGUGCGAUGAAAUCUUGGAUGCGAUGGGUAAAGAAAGGGGGAGGAAAAAAAAAAGAAAAAAAAAAAAAGAAUAAAAAAGAUAAGAAAUGAAAAAAAAAGGGGGAAAAAACCUUGUAAGUAUAAUAAAAAAGAAAAAAAAAGAAAAAAAAAAAAAAGAAAUACGCGAACGCGCAGUGUAAACCAUGUUGUUUACGUUUCCAUCUAUUGUGUAAUUAUACAUUAGUAAUUGAACAUUAUUAUUACGGUAAUUCCUUGUAUUUAUUGUUAUCGUUCCUCGGUUAUGCGGAAAUGUUCAAGGAUGAUCCAUUUGUACAAUCAUUGAGUCAUUAAAAUAUGAUUAUUCGGUAAAUUCAAAGUUGCUUUAUUCCGUUCCGUAUCCAUUAAUUAUUUUCUUUCCUUUCCUCGAUUCCUCGGAAUAUAGAGUCUCUUGGAGGAUCGAGAUGGCGCGUCGAUCGAAUCUCCAUUUUCGAACAUUUCGUUCCUCGCAAUGGGAUACGAAUAGAUGGAAGAAUGCAUAAGUGUGUACAAAAGAAACGAUGAUAUAUCGGCGUAUAAUAACGAUAGAUUGAUAACACGAUGUACGUAAUUUACGUCGAAUCGUAUCGGAACGAGAUGUCGAUAAGGCGCAGGUGUGCGAAGCUUUUGAAACGAUCGUUAUCGAUUUUCUGACAAUAUUAAUCUGUCACAAAUUCAUUCUUUUCUCGAUAAAUCUUAUUUCGAUUACAUUCCCCUACUAAAAUUCUUUCACUUCAAUUAUAACGGUAGGCCAUCCUCUGCGUGUACACGCCAGUCAAUCGAACGAUAAGAUGCCCGACGAUAAGUGCCGUAUCGUUCGAAUAAAAUCGAAAAUUCGGUAUUAUCUUGGAAUUAUUCCGGAUUCGUAUUCCCUUGAUCGAGCAUUCAUUCUCCGUUCGAAAAUUAAAUUUCAUUCAUCGAUUGGUCGAACAAAAAAUAUUUAAUACGUAACAUUAGUGCGUGUAACGUUAAUUCGCGGGCGUGAAAAGAAGGAAGAAGAUGAAGAAAUAGAAGAAAUAUGUAUCCGGUUCUAGAAAGAUCUGAAAGUUUGAAAAUUUGAAAAUUUCUUUCACGCUUGAGAUUGUUCGUUUUGAAAUUAUGAAUCGACGCGGAUUACGCUUCGUUUUAUCCUCGUUCUUGUUGUGUUACGCGUUACAAUUGGCGCGAUGUGAAACAGAUGCGUAUCACUGUGUAUGGCGCGGAAAUUGCGGUUUCACGGAGUUGGGCGUGAGCCGCACGUGUGCAUCGAACGAUCCUCCGGAACCGAUCGAUCCCCAAUCGAAUUCGAAUCUCCGUGAAAAAUGCCCCCAUUACUUUGAAGGCAAAGACUCACCGGAAUUGUGUUGCGACGCCGACAAUGUUAAAACGUUGAUCGAGAAUUUGAACAUGGCCGAAAGUAUAUUCGGCAGGUGUCCAACUUGUUUGAAAAAUGUAUACAAAUUGCUGUGCGAUCUGGUGUGCAGCCCCGAGCAAAGUAAGUUCCUCCGCGUAACGAAAACGGGUAACAAUUACACGACGGAAUCGGGAAAGAGGAAAGAAUACGUGGAGGAGAUCGAAGUUUACGUCGAAGAGGAAUACAUGAACAAAACUUACGAUUCUUGCAAAUACGUGGUCAUGCCUCAGAGUGGGAAAUUAGCUAUGGAUCUGGCUUGCGGAAUUUACGACGCUAGCACGUGCACGCCAAAAUUAUGGUACGAGUAUCAAGGUAAUCCUGAUCAGAAUAUAUUCGUGAGCUUUCGAAUGCUUUUCAUCACGGAACUUUCAUCGAAAAACCAAUCGAUGAAAUUAUGGAAUGCAUCGGUGAAAAAGUGCAACGAAAUAUACGAGGGUUCAUCCUCGUGUAGCUGCGUCGAUUGUCCAACGUCUUGCCCGGUCGUCGAGAUACAAAAACAAAAUGACAGUUUCCUUAUUUUCGGAUUGAACGGUUACGGAAUCGUAACAGCGAUCGCAAUCGUUGCACUCAUCUUGAUAUUUGGAAUCGCGUAUAUCAUAAAUAUGACAGGUUUUUAUUCAUCUGUAAAUCAUUUUCUCUCCUCGGGCAAGAUAUUUCAAAUAUUUUUCACCGUUUGGGGCAAAAUAUUCGCAAAAUAUCCGAUAAUAAUUUUAUUAAUAUUCGUAUAUAUAAUAGUGAGGUUAAGUUUCGGAAUAAAAUACCUGUCGAUAACGAGCAAUCCUAUAGAGAUUUGGGCAGCACCCACAAGCAGAGCAAGGAUCGAGAAAAAUUACUUUGAUUCUCAUUUCCAACCUUUCUACAGAACUGAGCAAGUUUAUAUCAAAUCUGUGGGUCUCGAUAAGAUAUAUCACGAUACAACGACUGGUCAUCUCGAGUUUGGUCCAAUCUUCAACAAAGAAUUUUUGCUGGCUGUAUACGAUCUACAACAUGAAAUAUUGCAACUCGGGCAAAAAGAAGGGGAAGGUUUGGAACGGAUUUGCUAUGCUCCCGUACAAAACAAUUUCACAGGACCUGUCACUUUGGAUUUGUGCACGGUGCAAAGCGUAUGGGGUUAUUUUCAAAACGAUCUCAAAUUUUUCAACAAAGUGGACAACUCGAGCGAGUAUGAGAUCAAUUAUCUGAAUCAUUUGUACAAAUGUGCCCAAAAUGAGUACAAUAACGAGUGUAUGGCGCCAUUCAAAGGCCCAGUUUUUCCUGCGCUUGCCUACGGAGGAUUCCUACGCGAAGGUGAAUUUAAUUACGCGCCAGAAGAUUACAUCAAAUCGACAGGUAUAAUCUUGUCAUUUCUGGUGAAAAACUCGCUGAACGAAACAGUCCUCCAAUCGGCUCUCAAGUGGGAACAAAGAUUCAUCGACUUUAUGAAAGAAUGGGACGCCAAAAAGAGACCAAAAUUCAUGGAUGUCGCGUAUACGACGGAGAGAUCGAUCGAGGAUGAAUUGGAACGAUCAUCGAGAGCAGAGGCAAUAACAGUGGUGAUCAGUUAUGUGAUAAUGUUCGUAUACGUGUCCUUGGCUCUGAGCGAGAUAAAAUGUUCCGUGAAAGAAUAUUUCGCAAACAGCAAAAUAAUGUUGAGUGUCGGGGGCGUUGUCAUUGUAAUAGCGUCGGUUGCCUGUUCUCUUGGUAUAUUUGGUUAUGUAGGAGUGCCAACGACACUUCUCACCAUUGAAGUAAUUCCAUUUUUGGUAUUGGCUGUGGGCGUAGAUAAUAUUUUUAUUUUGAUUCACACGUACGAGAAAAAUCCAAAAUGCGACGACGAAACCAUACACGAACAUGUCGGAAGAAUCUUGGGAGAAGUUGGUCCGUCAAUGUUACUCACCAGUAUAUCCGAGUGUUUGUGUUUUUUGAUUGGAACAUUAUCGACAAUGCCCGCUGUAAAUACUUUUGCACUCUAUGCAUCGGUAUCGAUCUUGAUCAAUUUUCUGUUACAAAUAACAGCUUUCGUCUGUCUUUUGUCGCUUCACGAGCGAAGAUUCGAGAAAAGAUAUUUCGACGUGCUUUGUUGCCUGAAAACGAAGACGGACAAUUUUAUAAUCGGGCAAAAAUUCAAUAUCAUGCAUAUUAUUUUUGAACGCUAUUACACGCCAUUUCUUAUGAAAACGCCGGUCAGAAUAAUCGUAUUGAUAAUAUUCUUCAUCUCUCUGAUAACGCAUAUCGUAAUAGUGCCGCAAAUUGGUAUAGGAUUGGAGCAAAAACUUUCGAUGCCCGAAGAUUCUUAUGUUUUGAAAUACUUCGAGUUUAUGGACGAUCUUCUAUCGAUGGGUCCACCUGUUUACUUUAUAGUAACGCCUGGACUGAAUUACAGCAAUCCUACGGUACAAAAUAUAAUUUGUGGUGGUCAAGGUUGCAACAGUAAUUCUCUGUAUACUCAAAUUUACUCGGCAUCUAAACAAUCUGCAGUAUCGUACUUAUCGAAAGCAGCUUCAUCUUGGUUGGACGAUUACAUAGAUUGGUCGCAGAUUUCCGAUUGUUGCAAAUAUUUUAAAGCAAACGAAUCAUUUUGUCCACACUCGCAAUUCGAAGGAUGCGACAGUUGCAAAAUCAAUAUAACAGAUUACAAUCGGCCAAUCGCGUAUGAUUUUCGAAAAUAUCUGCCUUAUUUUCUUCAAGAUAUCCCGGAUGAAAGAUGUGCAAAAGCUGGUCGAGCGGCAUAUUUUGAUGCAUUGAAUUAUAAGACGGAUAAAGACGGAUUAGUAGAUGUCAGAGAUAGUUAUUUCAUGGGAUAUCAUACCCCGUUAAAAAAAUCAUCCGAUUGGUACGAAGCUCUAAGAUUUGCCAGAACGAUUGCCAAUAAUAUUACAACUAUGAUAAAUAAUCUGGGACACGAGGAUGUAACUGUAUUUCCAUACAGUGUAUUCUAUGUAUUUUACGAGCAAUACCUUACGAUAUGGAGAGAAACAUUAAUUUCAUUGGGUUACUCCCUUUGUGUCAUUUUCGUAGUGACAUUGAUUCUAACAUUAUCCUUAUUUUCGGCUAUAACGGUACUAUUGACAGUAUGCAUGAUCAUUAUAAACAUUGGUGGACUUAUGUAUUGGUGGCAUAUAGAAUUAAAUGCAGUUUCUCUUGUCAAUUUAGUCGUGUCUGUUGGUAUAUCUGUAGAAUUUUGCAGUCACAUUAUACAUUCGUAUUUAAAAUCAAAGAAGGAAACUAAAAUUGAACGUGCGUCUGAUACGCUUAAUCAUACAGGAAGUUCGGUAUUCUCCGGAAUUACAUUGACCAAAAUUAUAGGAAUCGUGGUACUGGCAUUUGCUAAAACUCAAAUUUUCGAAGUAUUCUUUUUCCGAAUGUAUCUAAGCAUUGUAGUUUUCGGUGCUGCGCAUGGUUUGAUAUUUUUACCAGUAUUAUUAAGUUUUAUAGGACCAUCAAAAUAAGAGGAUCAAAUCAAAAUAAAAAA